GCAGUUAUUGCUUGUUAGUUUUUGAAUCAGUUUUUUCUGUUAAGGACAUUUUUCUAGAGACAAGGCGUCUGUGGUCAUGUUUAGCUCCGUGUCAAAAGCAGAAAUGCUGAGACUGUUGGUGAAACAGCGACUGGAUGCGGCCGCUGAAGACAUAUUCAAGCUGUUUGCCACAACAAUAGCAGAUAAGAAGGAGGAACGUACUCGUUUAAAAGAAAAGGAGAGACAACACAAACUACUGGAAGUUCAUCUACACAGAUCAGAUGUUCCCUCUGAGUUUAGCUCCAGUCAGGACCAGGAGGACUUGGAGAGGCGACACGUUAAAGAGGAAGAGGAUGAACUCUGUAUCAGUCAGGACAGAGAGCAGCUUCAAGCACCGGAGGAGGCUGAUGUCAGACUGAAACAAGGUCACUAUAAUAACCACAGUCCAGACCAGGAGGACCCGGAGAGGCGACAUAUUAAAGAGGAAGAGGAGGAACUCUGCAUCAGUCAGGACAGAGAGCAGCUUCAAGCGCCGGACGAGGCUGAAGAUGACGAAGAGAAACCUCCGUCGUCACAGCUUCGUCCGAGCCAAACUGACGAGGGCAGAGAGGCCGAGCAUCAACAGAUGGAAACAGAAGCUGACGGAGAGGACUGUGGAGGAUCAGAAGCAGACCCACACAGUCAUCUAUCAUCACCGCCUAUCACAGGAGAGAAACCGUUUGGUUGCGAUGUUUGUGAGAAAAGAUUUAGUCAGAGGAGCUAUCUGCAGAGACACAUGAGAGUCCACACAGGAGAGAAACCGUUUGUCUGUGGUGUUUGUCAGAAAAGAUUUAGCCACAACGGCAAUCUGCAUUCGCAUAUGAAAGGCCACACAGGAGAGAAACCGUUUGGUUGUAGUGUUUGUGAGAAAAGAUUUAGCCAGAGGAGCCAUCUGCAGAGACACAUGAGAGUCCACACAGGAGAGAAACCUUUUGGUUGUAGUGUUUGUGAGAAAAGAUUUAGCCAAAGCAGCAAUCUGCAGACGCACAUGAGAGUCCACACAGGAAAGAAACCAGUGUGCGAACUACGGGGGAGCUAGGGGGAGCUCGGCUCCCCUUAAUAAGACAUGGGCUCCCCUGAAAACGUGAUUUGUGAAAUUUUGAGAAAGUCUCUAAAAAUAUUGACAGUGUGUCAUUUUGAGUGCAAUUUCAGUUUUGUGUAAUGUGAUCAUCGUGGAUUAUUAAAAUUACAAAAAUAUCAUUCAUUCAUGCAUGACUUCACUUCAAUAAA